AUUAUCAGCUGGCCCGGCCCGGUCUGAGUUUCUUCCGCAUUCAUGGAUUCAAAAGUCAGCUCUUGCUAGACAAGGAUUUAUAUCAUCAGUUAAUGAACGGAUUUCCUGAAAUUAAGUUAUGACAGUUGCAUAACAAUCAAUAUUGGAUCCGGACGACUACCAAGGAACACACAUCAUGGCGAUGACCGACGACCACAAGGAUAUACUUCGAACUAACCGAAGCAACCUGGUGGACAAUAUGGCCGACGUAGUUCGGAUUGUCAGUAAACUUUUUGAAAGGAAGACAAUAACAGCUCACAUGAAGGAAAGUAUUCUGGAAGGUAAGCACCACACACCAACGGACAAGAAAUGGGCUUUACUUGAUUUAUUACCAAGGAGAGGAGGUAAAGCUUUUGAGGAGUUCUACAAUGUCCUGAUAGAAUGUGACGAAAACACUGCAGCUGAUAUCCUGAAGCCUGGAGCGACAGCGAACACUGGAGCCUCACAACCCAUAGAAGAUGACCUUCCUGAAUCUUGGCCGCCAGACGACCACAGUACAUGCAACGUAACAGUUGAGAUGGUUGCUGAAGACAACUCUGCCAUGCGAGAAUUGUUUGAAAAGUCUGGUUCUUCAAAGUCUAUGAUCUACCGUAUUCAAAGAUCCGAGAGGGGGAGGGUAUUAAUAAUAAAUAAUGAAAACUUUUCUACUGCAACAACGCCACUGGAAAACAGAACAGGGACGGAUGCUGAUGCUACUUCAAUAAGUCUCCUUUUUGACCAGCUAUCUUUCAAAACAGUCAUCAAAAGAAAUCUAACGCAAACGCAAAUGAUUGAAGCCCUGGAAAAAGAGAGUAAGAUCAAUCAUGACAACUAUGACUGUUUUGUCUGUGUCAUCUUGUCCCAUGGCACCAGAGAAGGCGUGUUUGGUGUAGACGGCAAGGUUGCUAACCUGGAGGAGAUCAAGGACAUGUUUAAUGGCCAGAACUGCAAGACACUAGCUUUGAAGCCUAAGCUAUUCUUCAUACAAGCUUGUCAGGGAACUAAGCGUGACACGGGCAUUACAGGACCACCAGAUUCGUCGGUCUCUGAGAUCAGUGAGGCACUGAAACAAACAGGAAUACAGGAUAAAGCACAUGCACAAGAACAAAACCAAGUUGCUUCAACCGAAUCAGCCACUGAAAAAAACCACCCCACAAGAGCGGACAUCUUUACAGCUGAAGCUACAACGCCAGGUUAUAUGUCAGUUCGAAACACAAAACAUGGCACAUGGUUCAUACAAGCCAUUGUUUACAUCUUUGGGAAGUUUGCGCACAAAGAAGAUCUUAUGUCAAUGAUGACCAAGGUUAAUAACCUCGUGAGUCGUGGGAAGACCAAGAACAAAGGUGACAAGCAGGUCUCCUCCUUCACCCCAUGGCUUUUGAAGACGUUUUACUUCUUCCCAGGACUGCAUACAGAAGCCGGGUCGCUCAGUCAGGUUCAAGAAACUGGCUAGAUCCAGGUGUCUUCCGAUACAAAAGUAUGAUGGCUGCGUUCACCAACCUGAUGGACCAUGAUAUAUGUACAACAAGUACAUAGAUAAAUAGAGGGUUAACCACUGUGUUCGGUUGUUACCGAGAAAUCUACACACGAGUUAUUAAUCUGUCACGAUUAGAACGAUGUUAUGUUCUUUGUUAACUAUUGAAAGCUGAUCGGAGUAACGUUGUGAGAUUUAGUAAUGUGAUUUGAUAUUUGUUAAUGGUUUUGGAUUACUCGGCCCAUAACUUUAUUUGCAUUCGUCUAGCCGUGACUAUCAUUCUCAAUGAGCAACACUAAAUAGGCCCACCUUUUUAGUGUAUGUAAAUACGUUAUUCGUUUAUUUGUUCGCUAGAAACAAAUGUUAUAAACCCAAUUAAGGGGAAAUUAAAUAUUGUCUUAAAUAUUGUGAAAUAUUGUUAACGAUAAGCAAGGGCCCAAGGAACUGUCAGCAGGAUUGAUCAGGCAAGAUUCUAUGAAUACCAACUCAAGCAACUGAUCAGCUGAUUAUAUCUUCUCAAAUCCAUCAAUGGAUUGUAAUAUUUUUGGACGAAUUUUCCUCUUUAAAACUAAGUUUACAGUGAACAAUUUAAUAUGUGAAAUGAUGAUUAUUUCAUGUCAUCUUUUUUUGUUUUGUUUUGUUCCUGAAUAUUUUGAGCACAUGUGUUUUUAUUAUAGAUCUAUAUAUAAAAAACCCAACUUAUUCAGUGGACAAUUUUUCUUUUGAACAUACUAUUUAACAUCAUGACACCAAAAAUGUUACUAAAUGAGUCAUCUAAUUUCCCCAUAUUUGUGAAUGACAAGAAACAAUGUGAAUUUGACACAAUAAUUUAUUGUGUGUGAAACAUAAAUACAUAGGAUAUAUGUGAACAAUAAAUUAUCAUUUCUGUAGUUCUACAAAUAUUUGCAUUUUAAUACCUUUUCAAUUUUACAUUGUUUUUUUACUGCAACACUAACCUCCAACCUUUAUUUCUUUGUU